AUGGCGUCCGCCGUCCUGGGAGCGCUGGUUUGCGGCGCCCUCUCCGCGGCUGCAACCGCCAGGAGGCAAGAGGGCCAGGAUCUCGUGGCCGAGCUCGCCGAGCAGGUGCUCGCCAACAAGCAGGAGAUCCUGCCGAUCCCGUGGGAGUUCAGCAUCGAGAGGGACGUCGGGUACGUGGGUGAGCAUCCCAUAUUGGAGAACUCGACCGCUGAGGCCAAGCAGGAGUCCUUGGGGACCGUCCGCGAGAUCCAGGACGGACUGACCCCGAACAUCCCCGUCGCCGCCGUGGCGAUCAAGGACCUCGACCAGCCGCCCGCGCCGCCCUCGAGUUUCCGCACGGGAGGCACGGUUGGAGGCAUGGAUUACAUGCACCUGAACGGCGUGGUGAACCCGACGGCUGACCUGACCGUGUGGCAGUGGCAGAGGAACAAGUGGUUCGGCCUGAAGAAGUGGCUCGAGUUCUGGAUCAGCCGAUACCCAGAGAAGUUGGUCGUCGUGCAUUCUUACGGCGAUGUCUUGUUUGGAGGUUGCAACGAGACCACUCUUCAGUACAAGUACGAUUCCCUCGUCGCCGCCAGCGGGAGCACCACGAAGAUCGUGCUGGCUGCGGAGGUGUCCCCUUAUCCGUCGGACAUGGGCUGGGCAUACCAAAGGUGGAACGAGAGCCUCGUGAACCGGACGCACUCCGUCCUCGACAGCUACGGCAUGUCGCACGGUUGGGCGGAGACCUACGCGAAUUGCAGCGCCAGCGUCCCCAACAGCCAGUGCAGCUCCCCGCCGAGGUACCAGUAUGCGAACGCGGGCUUCAUCAUGGGCCCUGCAAACGACGUCUACGAGAUGCUGUCGGGCCUCAGCACCUACCCCGGCCUCGAGAACCGUUUGGUGAAUGAGUACUUCCUCGCGAACCCCGACGUGGUGACCCUCGACUACCCGGGCACCCUGGUCCUGUCGUUGCACAACAUGGUGAAGGACGGGAACACUCCUGUCGAGGUCGUCACCACUGGCGGGACAAAGUCCUUGAGGAACAAGGAGACGGGCCAGGCGGUGUGCUUCGUCCACGGGAACGGCAACUCAUUUGACGUCAUCAAAGGAUGGGCUGAGCAGCUGAAGGCGUAG